UCUGGCACUGAAUGUGUCGCUUUAAAAAAAUCCUAAAUAAGAAAGAGGGAGCAAGAGAAGAAACAGAAAGAGAGAGACAGAGAGAGAGUAACGGGCGGUGGGAUUGUUUGUGUUUGUCUCACUCGGACUUCGACACUCAGGGUUUCUUCAGUUAGAGGACAGGAGAGAAGAGAGGAAGAGAGGAGAGCCAUAAGGAAGUCUUCUAGCUGCGUGGGAUAUCGACACAGGACAUUCCAGUACGGAGUGAUCGGAUGGUUGGAUUCCUAGAGAGAAGAGAGAGGAAAGAUUGCCUUUUUAGCCUGUUCUCUGGUCCUGAGUAUUACUUGUGAGGUGUACCUGUUAUCUUGUGCAUAGCAACCUGUGUGUUUAUACAAUGGAGGUGGUUCUCCUGCAUCUGGAGGAUGUGCUGUUCACACGUCAGGGUCUGCCGUGGACCUUCACCUCCUCAGCUCUCAGACACCUCCGUGCACUGCACCUCACACACACACACAGGUGUGUGCCCAGGCCACUGUACCAGAUGACAGAGGGGCGGCGAUGUCAGGUCCAUCUCCUGGACGACAGGAAGCUGGAGCUCCUCGUACAGCCCAAACUGAUGGCCAAGGACCUUUUGGAUUUAGUGGCCUCCCACUUCAACCUGAAGGAGAAGGAAUACUUUGGCAUCUCCUACACCGAUGAAACGGGUCAUUUCAGCUGGCUGCAGUUGGACCGAAGGGUUCUAGAACACGAGUUCCCCAAGAAGUCUGGACCCAUCGUACUGUACUUCUGUGUCAGGUUUUACAUAGAGAGUAUUUCCUACCUGAAGGACAAUGCUACUAUCGAACUCUUCUUCCUCAAUGCUAAGUCCUGCAUAUACAAGGAGCUCAUUGAGGUGGACAGUGAGGUGGUUUUUGAGCUGGCCUCCUAUAUCCUACAGGAGGCUAAAGGUGACUUCACCAGUAACGACGUGACGAGGUCAGACCUGAAGAAGCUUCCAGCUCUGCCGACUCAGGCCCUGAAGGAACACCCAUCUCUGGCAUACUGUGAGGACCGGGUGAUAGAACACUACAAGAAGCUGAACGGACAGUCCAGAGGGCAGGCCAUAGUCAAUUAUAUGAGCAUCGUUGAGUCUCUGCCUACGUAUGGAGUACAUUACUACACUGUUAAGGAUAAACAGGGCAUCCCGUGGUGGCUGGGCCUGAGUUAUAAAGGAAUCUUCCAGUAUGACUACCAGGACAAGGUCAAGCCCAGGAAGGUGUUCCAAUGGCGUCAGCUGGAGAACCUCUACUUCAGAGAGAAGAAGUUCUCAGUGGAAGUUCAUGACCCCAGGAGUAGGGCGUCGGUGACCAGAAGGACGUUUGGCCACAGUGGUAUAGCUGUCCACACCUGGUACGCCUGCCCUGCUCUCAUUAAGUCUAUCUGGGCCAUGGCCAUCAGCCAACACCAGUUCUACCUGGACCGCAAGCAGAGCAAGUCUAAGAUCCAUGCGGCUCGUAGCCUCAGUGAGAUAGCCAUCGACCUGACAGAGACUGGCACUCUGAAGACAUCUAAACUGGCCAACAUGGGCAGCAAGGGCAAGAUCAUCAGCGGCAGCUCUGGCAGUCUGCUCUCCUCAGGUUCCCAGGAGUCGGACAGUUCUCAGACAGCUAAGAAAGACAUGCUGGCAGCACUGAGGGCCAGGCAGGAGGCUCUGGAAGAGACACUCAAACAGAGACUAGAGGAACUCAAGGACAUCUGUAUCAGAGAGGCGGAGUUGACAGGGAAGCUUCCUAAGGAGUAUCCAUUAGAUCCAGGGGAGGAGCCUCCGACAGUCAGGAGGAAGAUUGGCCCCGCCUUCAAACAGGACGAACACAAGAUCAAGCCGAAAAGAGAGGAGGAAGAACUAGAGCGUCUAGAGAGGGAGUUUGCCAUCCAAUCACAGAUCACGGAGGCUGCGAGGCGGUUGGCCAGCGAUCCGCACGUGAGCAGUAAGAAGCUGAGGAAACAGAGGAAGACGUCGUACCUGAACGCACUGAGGAAACUCCAGGAGAUAGAGAACGCCAUCAACGAACACCGUGUCCGCUCUGGGAAGAAACCCACGCAACGCGCUUCGCUUAUCAUAGAGGGUGAGACUACACACAUGCUGAGAGAAUCGCUUAUACGAACCACAGCGCGUAACAAACAGGAGGCCAACAUUGGCUCAGAGGACAGCUCUCUGUCUGACGCUCUGGUCCUAGACGACGAUGACCCCCAGGUGACAGGGACCCCCACCUUCUCUCCGACAGCAUCUCCACAAAAGGGCCUCCCUCCCCGGCCUCCCUCCCACAGCCGGCCCCCUCCUCCCCAGUCCCUAGAAGGCCUUAGGCACCUGCACUACUCUCGCUCCGAAUACGACAAGUCCCCCAUCAAACCCAAGAUGUGGAGUGAGUCCUCGCUGGACGAACCCUACGAGAGGGUAAAAAAACGCUCCUCACACUCCAGUCACAGGCGGUUCCCCAGCUCUGGUACUUGUGGGGAGGCAGGAGGCAGUAACUCUCUGCAGAGUAGCCCCAUCAGGAGCCUUCCUCACUGGAGCGCCCAGUCCAGCAUGCCCUCUACCCCUGACCUGAGGACCAGGACCCCUCAAUAUGUACACUCCACCAGGUCUGUGGACAUCAGUCCCACCCGUCUGCAAAGCCUGGUUCAGCACUUUAGGAACCGCAGCUCCAGCCUGGAAUCUCAGGGCAAGCUGUUGGCCUCCGACCCCGACACACACACUCACACAGACACCCUGGGAGCCCUGGGCAGCCCAGACUUCUUCUUGGCCCCAGGGACACGCAGCUCCAACGGCUCGGACCCGCUGGAUGACUGUUCGUCCUGUACCUCCCAGAGCAGCUCAGAACACUACUACCCUGGGGGAGCGCCAGGCUCAAACCCUAACUACUCCACCCUGGGAGAGGACUCCCCCUCCAAAGCCAGGCAGAGACAGAGGCAGAGGCACAGGUCUGCAGGUCACCUUGGUUCCUCUAACUCUGGCUCCAUGCCCAACCUGGCAGCCAAGAACGGUUCAGGGGGCAGUGGUACGGGGGGAGCAGGGACUGGGUCAGGGCAGCACGGGGUGUACCUCCACAGCCAGAGCCAGCCCUCGUCCCAGUACCGGAUUAAAGAGUACCCCCUGUACGUAGAGGGAAGCCCCAACCCGGUGGUGGUGCGCAGCCUGGAGAGUGACCAGGAGGGCCACUACAGCGUCAAGGCCCAGUUCAAAACCUCCAGCUCCUACACAGCCGGGGGGCUCUACAAGGAGACCUGGGGGGGUGAGGAGGGGGGAGAGGGGAGUGGCAGACUCACCCCGUCCCGCUCCCAGAUUGUACGGACUCCCUCACUGGGGCGAGAGGGGGGAGGAGGGGGGAGGGCGGUGGUGUCGGACGAGCUGAGGUGUUGGUACCAGCGCUCAUCUGGCAGUCUAAAGGAGAGGAGUCACUGUGGCUCCAAUGCGUCAGACAGCGGCUCGUUGCAAGGCACUCUGGGACACGGACGAGGCAACAGGGUGGGGAUGCUCGCCAAGGGAUCGCCAGCAGCGUCCCCUCACAGCCAGAGGAGUGUGACUCCCUCCAGUGAACAGGCUGCCACCCCCAUACCCCCCAGCAGCCCACAACACAUCCUCAACUGGCAGAGCGGCGGUACAGCAGACAGCUCUCCUACUGAAGACGUGUGUCAGUCUCCCCCUCAGCCCAGCUCUGAAGCAUAGAGGUCAUUCAAUGAUAGCUGUUUCCUCAGCAGUCCUCUGUGUUCAGAGCUGACAGAUGUCCAGUGGUACGGACACGACAAGGCCAAACCUGGAACCCUGGUCUGACCUACUGACCACCACCCACUGACCCUCAACACUGAUCCUUACUGACUCAACCUCCAACAUCUCAACUGAUCCUUACAGCCCCCACCAACCUCUCCUCCAGUGCUGACUAGAUUGGCCUUAUCAUGGGCAGGAAACCCUCAUCCAUUCCUCCCUUCAUCCAUCUUUCCCUUUAUCAGUUUCUGUGCAUAUCGGGCUUGGCUGAACUAAGGGUUCUAGGACCAACACGACUAUUGCUGUGGAACAGCCAACCAUAGCCUCCGAUCCUGAACUCUGAGCAUGAACUCUGACCUUUAAUCCCUGACCCUGAGUCUGCUCCAGUCUGAGCCCAAGGAUAACCGGGAAUGGGCAAGGGGGAAGGAGGAGUAAACCCAGACUACACUCAGGCCACCAGGCCCUGUCUCAUAUCUACCCCUGACCCAAGUGUGCUGCCAGUGUGCUCCCAUGUGUUUUGGCUCAUGUUCUGGACCUUUGUGUGUGUACGCUUGAUCUGCUAGGUUCAUUCAUUUCAUGUUUUAUGUUUUAGUUUAUUUCUCUAUCGUUUUCUACAACAACAACAACUAAAUGCGGGAGAGACUCGAUUCACCCGUCUUUAUGAAAACCUUCAGAAUAUUUUUCACUGCAGAGUGGAUUAUUGGAGAAUUCUAGAUUAUCUGAAAGACUAGGCAAACAUACAACAUUCCCAAAAAUCCAAAUCCCAAUCCCAACUCCUAUCCCACAACCAAAGAUCCAUCUGGCUGACCAAUGGCACCAGUCCCAUGGACACACUGGGAACACUGGUUUAUCAUACUGGGAGUUACACCCCACAAUACUAGGAGUCCUCAAAGGAACUGAAAGACUGAUCAAUUCUACUGGGAUCCUGCUCAGCACGUCUACUGGGAUGUCAGUAAUCUGAACUGGUAGUAUACAACAGCCAGCCACACUGAUCAACUAGUUUCUUGUACUGGGAUGAUCCACACUUCUACUGAGCAGUGAGCUCCUGGACUGGGAUGUUUUGCCACUACUGUAUACUAUGGGACUGUGGUCAGCUGUACUGGGAGACUAUGGACAGACUGGGGGCCCUGCACAGCCAGAUCAGAGAUAGACGGGGACAGACUGUGCCACAGGCCACAGACACUUAUUCAAGGUUUGGGCCCUGAAAUGCCAAGCCACAAUAUGCAAGGAAUCUCAUUGAAAGCCAAUGUCUUGAGUUUGUGAUGGUUGAAACUGUAGCUAUAUGUGUAGCAGUUUUCAGGUUAAGACCACAUAUAGUUUUGGGUGUUUAUUUCCAAUCAUAUCUGCAGGCUUUCAGUGGUCUAUUUCAUCUGGAUCAACCCCUUCGUUUCACUUCCUGGUAAGAAGUGAAAGCUGAUUGGAUGCUUAGGACUGUGUGUGUCUCCCACUCCUCUCUCUCUCUCUGGUGAUGGGCGUAUGCUGUGGAGCUGAUCGAUCACACAGCUGCAGCGAAGGGCACUCCCCUCCUUCAUAGUCGAGCUGCGCAUAUGAUAAAAUUGGUGAGAUGUUAAACACUUCUCGGGGCGUUGUGAUAUCUGACUCUCUGCGCAGUCCUCUGUUAAAAAUGGGAGGCAAACCAUAUUUAAGGACCAGUCUGUCUCUGUGACAUCGAUCUGUCUGUCCAACUCCACGAUUGGUCAUCGUCUCAGACACUAGGGUAGUAUAUUUGAGGGUAAACAUUUAGAUCAGGCAUGAGGCCUGUAAACUCCAGUGGGUACUCUUUUGUACAGGUCACUAUCUCAGGCUAUAUUCUCUCUGCCUAAAGUCUCUCAUAUCACCAGUCAGAACACACACAUCUUGUUUGUGGACACACACACUUUUCUCAUCAGUGCAUCUAUGGUGGUGCUUAAAGUCUGUACCAGCACUGAAAACAGCCACUCACUAAAAUUACAAACCAUAGUACUACAAAUCCCACAGGGCCCGGUUCCUAGUCUAGCAGAGGAGGUGGCUGUGUUCGAGAGCAUCAAACCUAUGAUAUAUCAUGGGUACAUUGUGACUGACUGACUGAUCUACAAAUAAUAAUAAGUUAUUUAUGAUGCAAGGUGAUUUGUAGCUAAGUCAGUCAGCAGUCACCUGCACUGUUGGCUGAAAUGUCGAACAAGCCCAGUGUCUGCUAUAUAGAGAACCUGCUUCCCAGAGCCAAAAGAACAUCAGGGAGAGGUAUAUACACCAAUCCCAGCUGGAUCUGCUAUAUAGAGAACCUGCUUCCCAGAGCCAAAAGAACAUCAGGGAGAGGUAUAUACACCAAUCCCAGCUGGAUCUGCUAUGUGGGGUGUUGACUAUUGUAACUGUGUCAAAUAUUCAAUCUAAGUGUUGUUACCAGAGCACAACAUACACAGUUGCACACUAUGUAUGAAGAAUAUAGGCCUACUAUAUAGAGAACCAGUUUUCAUCUAGUUCUCCUCCUGGCUUUUGAUACAUAUAAGGGGAUUAAAAACAUCUGCAUAACAACACAUUUACGAUGUAACAUGUAAAUCCAGACUUGAUAUAAGAGUAACACACACAUAUCUAGAAUAUAAAUAAUGUCAUCCCGGCACCAGAAGGGUGUUUAUAUCAUUGUGCUUUUAUUGUGCCCCGUUCAAGAGAACUGGGAACUCAGAAAUCUCCGACGUCGGACUUCAGUGCGUUCAAGACGACUGGGAACUCUGGAAAAAAACAAGCUCCAACUGGGAAAAAUUGUUUUGAACGGUCAUAUGGAAUUCCAAGUCGGAAACUCUGGGAUCAUCUUAAAGCUCCGACUUCUCCAACCUGAAGAUCACUGUCAUGAUUUGAUCUCGUUUUAUUAUGAGUUCCCAGUUGUCUUGAAAGCACCAUUACUGUGUAGGUAAUGUCAUCAAUGAACAUCAAUGAACUGACCUUGGUUUAGUAAUGGAGGCCAUCACCAUAUCCUGCUGUAAAACAGCUGUGACUCAAAGAGAACGUGUAGUUUCCAUAUAACUCUCGCUUACAUAGACCAACUCUUGUCACAAACAAAUUCUUAAGCAGGUAUUUUAAAGCACACCUUCUGGUUUUCUGCUGGGGAAAAUAAGCCUCUGCCCAACAUUGUUGUAAUGCUGUAUGUGUGGACAGUGUACAAAACCCCAAACAAAGCAAAUAAUUGCAGUCCUUCUCUCACACCUGCCUGUGCUUUGUAAAGGCUUAUAUUAAACAAACAUCUGAAAACAUUGUUUAUAUGUUGCACAAAAAUCUGACCCCGUCAAAUUAGUUGAACUUGCACCAAGCGGCAUGGUGGACUGAAUUGCCUUCAGUUUGAACGAGUUUCACGGCCCCCCAACCCUGCCACACUGCAAAGUCCUGGUAAAAUGCUGUGUUUCUUCUGAACUUUGAACUCCUGUUGUUUACCUCUUUAGAACCACAUCAGCUAGGCUAAGGCUCAUUAGCCUGACCAUUUCCCAUGGAUGAGACACCUCUGCUAGCUCAUACCAUUCCAUGCAUGUUCAAAAAAACAAAAAUACUCCCCUUCUCAACUCACCUUUUCCUCCUAGACAGAGAAGCAUUCUAUAUCCAUGACAACACCCCCAAACCCCCAGUUUGACUUUUGACUCCUCGCCCCUCUGACCUUUGAACCCGAUGUGGUGAUGAUGUGUGCUGUCUUCUUGGUCCCCUAUGCCCAUACUGUCUGUACUCCAUAGAAACAUAAAAAAAAUUAUAGUUAAAGGUUCACUCUUUUAUCAAUCUCUUUCCUGUACGUACUCUACAGAGGGGCACUGUAAGCCUAAGUGGGGUUUUUAACAUUCACUGUAAGCCUAAGUGGGGUUUUUAACAUUCACUGUAAGCCUAAGUGGGGGUUUUAACAUUCACUGUAAGCCUAAGUGGGGGUUUUAACAUUCACUGUAAGCCUAAGUGGGGGUUUUAACAUUCACUGUAAGCCUAAGUG